AUGGCAGAGUAUCAUAGCAUGGAUAACUAUGGUGAUGGGGGUGCAGGUUCCGAGUUUAAUCCUAUACUAAUACAAUUGGCAUUGUUAUGUACUGUCGUUGGAAGUUGCAUAUCUUUGUUUUCUGUUUGGCUGCACUGGAAAAAUUAUAGAAAACCAAAUCAACAAAGACAAGUCAUUCGAAUUCUGUGGAUGGUUCCCAUCUACGGCAUCAGUACCUACAUUUCCUUGGUGUCAUUGAACGUUGCAUUCUAUGUGGACACAUUUAGAGAUAUUUACGAAGCCUUUGUCAUCUAUGCCUUCUUCAACCUGCUACUCAACAAAAUGGGAGGCGAGCGAGCACUGAUCAUCAUGCUACAUUCUCGACCUCCAUCUCAAAAUUUCUUUCCGGGAACGUUGUGGUCAAGAGAAAUCUUUGUUGGUGAUCCAUACACAUUUCUCUUUGUUAAGAGAGGCAUUCUUCAGUUUGUGUACGUCAAGCCUGUGCUAGCUAUCAUCACCAUGAUACUAAAAGCAACUGGCAACUACCAUGAAGGCCAAUUUACCUUGACAAGCUCCUACUUUUACCUCACUUUCUUUUACAAUCUAAGUGUGUGUUUGAGUUUAUGGUGUUUGAUGGUGUUUUUUUAUGCAACAAAGAAGGAUCUAACAACAUUUAGACCUUUGCCCAAGUUUCUCUGCGUCAAGGCCAUCAUCUUCUUUUCCUUUUGGCAAGGCGUAGUAGUCGCUCUUCUUGUAUUUGCUGGCAUCAUUCCUGAAGCUGAGCAUAUUUCGGUUGCGAUACAAGAUUUUCUUGUCUGUAUUGAAAUGGUGCCAUUUGCCAUUGCUCAUUCGUUCUCAUUUUCUUGGGAGGAUUACUUUGAUCAGACUGUGCAUUCCGCUCGCAUGCCCAUUCGAAAGGCAAUUCAAGAUUCAUUUGGCCUCAAAGAUGUCAUGAUGGACACAUUGGAUACACUAAAGGGGUCCAGGUUCAGCUACCGGUCAUUUGAGCCUUCAGAAGGGGUACCUCAUAUGGGAAGCAGCCGUAACUCUCGCAUUAUGGCUGGUCUUCGCUACUCCAAUAUUACCACCAAAAAGCGUUGGCUUGAACCUGCCCCCACUUCUCGGUUUCUGAAUUCGGGCAGAGGCAUGAAUGACGAGUCUGACGACGAGGAUGAGUCAGAACCUUUGGAAUUCGACGAGCCCAAUUCUGCGGAUGAGAUGGAAGCAUUGUACAAGGCCAGUCGUAAAAUGGUGUUUGGAGACUACAACUAUCCUGUUAUCGAUUUCCGGGUGCCUCUUUGGCGGCUGGCCCGCCGUGAACGCCGCCAGCAACAACAAAGAGGCUAUGGUGGUGUCUCUACUACGACAAACGCCAACAAUUUUGUUAAUAGAUACGACGAUAGAAAAGGGAAAUCAAAGAACACGGAUGAUAUUGGCAAUUUGGGCCCUCGGGAAGGCUGUAUUGAUGUGAUUAUUCAGCAGGGAAAAGGCAAUUAUGUGGUUGUGGAUGAUUUAUCAGACGAAGAAGCACAGCUCCCUGUCAGCAAUACCAAACCGCCCUCGCCACCUGUCAGAAAGCCAACACUGACUGAUGUCAAACGCAAUGAAAAGGGCCUCAGCAUGAGCAGCAGCACGCCCACGUCUUCGACAGCAUCUGUCCCUCGAAUCAAGCACAAAGCCGUUGUCCAGCCGUCAUUUUCGACUCCCAACAAUAACAAUCAACUCUCUACCCCACCGUCACGAUACCCACAACAACAUUCUGAUGCCACACUGGUGCCUUCUUCUACACCGCCUUCAAAACAGCCAUUUGUACCUCGUCCAACAGAUAGCUUGAUCAACAGCAACAGUUACUCUUUCACAGCAUCCUCCACAACAUCCAAGCAAACAACACAUUCCAAUACCAGACCUACGGCGCCUCUCUCGCCAUCUGAACAAGAUGCUCCUGAGUGGCAUUGGCCAGAUGAAAGAAACACUCUCAUAACAUCACCGAUACACGAUGAAGAAGACCUUUUAACCGGUGAUGUGUGGAAGUAG